AUGGAAGGAAUGAGUAUACAAGAUUUUCUUGAGGCUUCAAGGACUCCUAUGCAUGAGAUUGAACCAAACCUAUAUUUAGGAAGCUUAGACGCUGCAGAAAAUGAGAAACUUUUAAAAUCUUCUGGAAUCAAAUAUGUUGUCCAGGCACUGGAAAGGCCGAGCACAUAUAGAUUUGAUAAUCUAACGUACUAUUAUGUUCAGAUUGAUGAUCUAGCUAGAGAAAAUAUGAUGCAGCAUUUGCCUGGAGCAUUAAAUUUCAUACAUUCCAACUUGCAAAGGGGUGACAAAGUAUUGGUUCAUUGUGCUGCUGGUGUUUCACGAAGCGCAACAAUUGUAAUUGCUUAUAUAAUGGCUAAAUCCUCCCUCUGCGAGCGAGCAAAAAAUUUUGUUCGCUUACGGAGGGGUUAUUUUUUUUAAAAUAUUUAUAUAUAAUUUUAUAUAUAAAAUUUUCGAUAUUUAAAAAUCCUAAUUUGCAAAAAUUUGAAUUCAAAAAUUUAUGUUUUUAGAUGCAAUUUGUUUAAAAUUAAAUAGAAUUAGCUAGAGAUUUCAUUAUACUAAUUACACUUAUACAUAUCAGAAUUUUUUUUUAUAAAAAUGUUUUAUGUUAAACAAUUUUUUGUUGUAUAAAGAGGGUGAGUUUUUUUGGCGAAAAAUAGAAAUUUUUCCAAUGAUUUUUCGCUCACGGAGGAGGGGAGUAAGUAUAAUAUCCCAUUUGAAGAAGCUUAUGCAAUUGUGAGAUCGAAAAGAGGAUGCGUUUUCCCAAAUGAUGGCUUUAGGAGACAACUUAGAAGUGCAGGCCCAGAAGAGCUUAGAAAAUUCCUUUAA